AAUGGUGACGGAGUAAAGGUCAUCUUUUUCUCCAGAAGCCAAAGAAACUAAAAAUUCCACCUUGCCGAACAUCCUGUCUUCUCCACAGCAUGCACUGCCUACCAGCCUCUAUGAAAUUAUGGACGGCUUCGCUUUUGUGUACAACUCUCCAUUGAAUUCCAGGGCCGCUGCGUCAUCGCUUCUAAGCCUCUAAAUUGGAGGGCUACAUCCGCGAUCCUCAGAUACCGCCGGCCGGAGGAUUCUCCGGCGUUUCGUAUAUCUCUCCUCCUCUGGUACGGCCGGCGGUCCUUUCUUGCCGUGUAAUUCUGCGGUAUAACCAAGCCAUCAUGUAAAGCCGAUUAAGGUUUUCCAACGGGUUGAACGGAGCCAUCAACUGAAAAAUCUAUAUAUACUGAAGCGUUGCAGCAAGUGAUAAGUGACCCCCCCCCCCCCCCCCCCCCCAUACCAUAUGCUUUGAAGAGUGAAAUUCAAACUGCGUGGGAAUGGGAUGGGUUCCAUGCAAAACCGUUCUGCUGAGAGCAGACAUGGAAUUUCCAGUACUUUUGGGCAUGAAAAAUGUGAAUCCUACUUGAUUUUUCGCGGUGAAGUUUCCCUUGGGGGUGGAUUCCGGACAUUCUUGUAUUUUCUUGGUCUUGCUUAUUGUUUCAUAGGAUUGUCAGCUAUAACUGCUCGAUUCUUCCGGUCUAUGGAAACUGUUGUUAAGCAUAGUCGGACUGUUGUGGAGACAAAUCCUUCAACGAACGAGAAAACUGUUAGACACGAAAAAGUGUGGAAUUACACAAUUGCAGAUAUUACUCUGCUGGCCUUUGGAACUAGCUUCCCGCAAAUCUCUUUGGCUACCAUUGAUGCCAUCAGAAACAUCGGGAAACUGUAUGCUGGAGGUUUGGGUCCUGGAACGCUGGUUGGUUCUGCUGCAUUUGACCUAUUUCCUAUCCAUGCUGUUUGUGUUGUGGUCCCAAGAGCUGGAGAAUUGAAGAAGAUAUCAGAUUUAGGAGUUUGGCUAGUAGAGCUGAUUUGGUCCUUUUGGGCUUAUAUAUGGCUAUAUAUAAUACUAGAGGUAUGGACUCCAAAUAUUGUUACCCUGUGGGAAGCCUCAUUGACGGUGCUCCAGUUUGGGUUAUUGCUGAUGCACGCUUAUGCUCAGGAUAAGCGCUGGCCCUACUUGUCUCUUCCAUUUGCAAGAACUGAGAGGCCAGAGGAGUGGGUGCCAGAAAAGGCUGCUUCAAGUGACCAGGAUAACAAUGUCCAUGUUGAGUACUCUGAAACAUUUGAAAUUAAUGAAGAUGAAAGGGGAAGGAUUAUUGAUAAUUUUUCCAUUCAUUCAGCAAGAGAGGCAGAUCCUGCAUAUCAGAAUGUGCCACAAAGGGGUCGAGCUGAAUGUUCAAAUGAACGAUCUAGUACAAAGACUUGUCUUGGAGAAUCACAUGUGCUCUCAAUUUGGAAGCAGCAAUUUGUGGACGCAUUCAUGUUUACAGAAUGGACAAAAUUGAACAAUACCUGCCGCUGGCUUGCUAGAAUUUCCUGGCAGGCACUCCUUGUGCCAUGGAGACUUUUGUUUGCUCUGGUACCUCCUUACCAAAUUGCUCAUGGGUGGAUUGCUUUCCUUUGCUCUCUGUGUUUCAUCAGUGGAGUAGCAUACAUUGUCACUCAGUUCACAGAUCUAAUAAGCUGUGUCACAGGAAUAAAUCAAUAUGUCAUAGCAUUUACUGCGUUGGCAGCCGGAACCUCUUGGCCGGAUUUAGUGGCAAGCAAGAUUGCUGCUGAACGGCAGACAACAGCAGAUUCUGCGAUAGCAAAUAUCGCUUGCAGCAACUCAGUGAACAUUUAUAUUGGCAUUGGCGUCCCAUGGCUGAUCGACACAUUAUAUAACUUCAUUGCGCUAGGGGAACCUCUGAGGAUCAAGAAUGCCAAGGGACUCAGCUUCUCAUUGCUAAUCUUCUUCUGCACUUCUGCAGGCUGCAUUGCUGUUCUGGUAUUCCGGCGCUUAACAUUAGGGGCUGAGCUGGGAGGGCCGAGGCUGUGGGCUUGGCUUACUUCUGCCUACUUAAUGGUGCUUUGGAUUAUCUUUGUUGUGUUGUCAUCUCUUAGAGUUUCAGGUAUCUUAUGAGUUCUUUCUUUUUCUUGCUUUAGUUACUGAUUUCACUUAGCCCCUUCACAAAUGAUGAUUGUGUACUCUUCAUCUGGGGAAAAUUUGACUCUCAAAUUAGAUUAUCAUGAAUUGUAAGGAUUUUCCUCCACGAAGAGAACAGAAUCUGAACAAUUGUCAAGUAAAUUUUGGCAUGUCUUUUUGGGAUUUUAA